AUGGCAAACGACGCUCCCUACGCUGCUGGUGCCGGGCGCAAGUGGUCCUACUCCUUCUUCGACUUUCUGACUCCCGUCGACACUUGUCUGAUGGGCUGGUGCUGCCCAUGCAUCCUGUUCGGCCGAACGCAAGCCCGCCUCGACGACCCAUCCUUGACAAACUACAGCCCCGUCAACGAUCGCUGCCUCAUCUGGCUCGGCAUGAACUGCUUCGGCGCGGGCUUCCUCAUCCAAGCGAAGAAACGCAACGACCUGCGGCAGCGAUACGCCAUCACCGAAACCCAUCUCGAGUCGGCACUGGGCAUGAAAGAGGGCGAUAUGAAGAAGAAACAUGGUGUUGAAGGAGCGAUGGUCGAGGACUGUCUUGGUGCGCUCUGCUGUCCGGUUUGCGGGCUCAUCCAGGCGGACAAAGAGGUUGUCAAGAUGCAGCGCGAAGGAGGACAAGGACAGCCGGCGGAAGGGACGCCGUAUCAGAGGCCUCAGGGGAUGCAUUAUCCAUAG